AUGGUGUGGAUUACGCAGUCAAGAACCGGAGAACAUGUAAACGCAUAUGGAGUUUGGGAUUUAUUGUCAAAUAUGGGAAAGAUGACCGUCUUGCCUUUGUGCUUUCUCUUUUGCACGAAUCUACUGGAUUUAGCCGUUGGAUAUUUGACUGUAACCAUUGAACCUCUACCACCUGUUGUUGUCGGGGAGACGGUGACGCUGAAGUGCAACUUUAAAACUGAUGGGAGGCUGCGAGAGAUUGUCUGGUACCGGGUUACAGAAGGGGGCACCAUCAAGCAGAAGAUCUUCACGUACGACGCCAUGUUCAACACCAACUACUCGCACAUGGAGGACUACAGGAGGAGAGAGGACUUGGUGUACCAGUCGACAGUCCGGCUUCCUGAAGUGCGGAUCUCAGACAACGGGCCUUACGAAUGCCACGUGGGCAUCUACGACCGGGCCACCAGGGAGAAGGUGGUGCUGGCCUCAGGGAAUGUCUUUCUCACCGUCAUGUCGCCCCCUAACAACAUCACGGUGGUGGCGGAGAACACUCCGGCCCCCUUCAGCCGCUACCAGGCGCAGAACUUCACGCUGGUGUGCAACGCCAAGGGAGGCAAGCCGGCACCCACGGUGUAUUUUAAGCGGGACGGGGAGUUGAUCGAGGUCAUCUCGUACACGCUGCCCGGCGACGAGGGCGGAGGAGGUGGCUCGGCGGCGGUGCGCGGGGCCCGGCCGCUCAUCAGCCGGGACCUGGACGACACCAAGCUGCAGAAGUCGCUCUCGCUGCUGGGGCCGGACGGGCGGCCGGGGCGCCUCUACACGGAGAGCCCCAAGCCCCGGGGCGGCGGCGGCGGCACUGGCACCGGCACCGGCACCGGCACCGGCGGUGGCGGCUUCACGCCAGGUCAGCAGCCUCUCGGCCACGAGCCCAGUCCGGCCACGGAGGUGAUCCCGGAGACGGUGGUGAACCGGGAGUUCCCGCGCUGGGUGCAGAGCACCGACCCGCUGUACUUCUUCAGCAGCGCGCACGUGCCGCAGAGCGACGGCUCGGUCAUGGUGCAGGCCAAGCUCACCUGGACGCUCAACCCGCAGGUGGACAACGACGCGCUGUUCAGCUGCGAGGUCAAGCACCCGGCACUGUCCAUGCCUAUGCAGACAGAGGUUAUACUAGCGGCUCCUAAGGGGCCCAAGCUGCUGAUGACCCCGACCCGAGCGAAGGUAGGGGACACAGUGCGCAUCACUGUUCAAGGAUUCCAGAACGAGGUGUUUCCUGAGCCGCUGUACACCUGGACGCGGGUGGGCGGCCGGCUGCUGGACGGCAGCUCGGAGCGCGACGGCAAGGAGCUGAUCCUGGAGCGCGUGCCCGCCGAGCUCAACGGCUCCAUGUACCGCUGCACGGCGCAGAACCCGCUGGGCUCCACCGACACGCACACGCGCCUCAUCGUCUUCGAAAAUCCAGCAAUGCAAAGCACUGUGGACAACAUCAAUGCGGCGCCUCGGGUGGGAGUGAUUGGACUGACAUGGAUAAUCCUCACCUUCACAGUGACUGUGGAGAUGACGUGA